CACCCACUGCCAUGGCCUCCUUCGUCCAGUACCCCGCCGACCACCCGUUCCCGAUCCAGAACUUGCCCUACGGCGUCUUUUCGACCGACGGCGUGGCGUCCACCCGGCCGGGCGUGGCGAUUGGCGACUUUAUCCUUGAUCUCGACGCCGUCAGCCGGAGCGAGUGGUUCGUCGAUGCCGGCGUCGAGGCUGAGGUGUUCCAGAAGGGCACUCUCGACCCCCUCGUCGCGUCCUCGCCCGAGUCUUGGCCCCUCGUGCGCGCCUUCAUCACCCGCCUCCUCUCCCCCACCUCCCCGCUCAAGGCCAACGCCCGCGCGUACCUCGUCCCGCGCGAGACGGCGACCAUGCACCUGCCCAUCACGAUCGGCGACUACACAGACUACUAUGCGUCGUACGAGCACGCGUACAACUGCGGCGUGCUGAUCCGGGGGCCGGAGAACGCGAUUCAGCCGAACUGGAAGCAUCUGCCUGUUGCGUACCAUGGACGCGCUAGCUCCGUCGUCGUGUCCGGCACGCCGUUCCACCGCCCAACGGGGCAGAUCCUCGACAAGGUCGGCGACAAGCAGCCUAUCUUUGCGCCGUGCCGUCGUUUGGACUACGAGCUCGAGCUGGCCUUCAUCUACGGCGGUGCCCCCACCAAGCUUGGCUCGCGCCUCUCCCCCUCCGAAGCCCGCAAGCACAUCUUCGGGUACACGCUCAUGAACGACUGGUCGGCGCGCGACAUCCAGACGUGGGAGUAUGUGCCCCUCGGCCCGUUCUUGUCCAAGAACUUCUGCACAACCAUCUCGCCGUGGAUUGUUUCCCCCGAGGCACUGGAGCCGUUCAAGACCAAGCAGUACGAUCAUGACCCCAAGCUGCUGCCGUACCUCGACGAUCCGGAGGGGUUCGGGUUCGACGUGCCGCUGACUAUUGAGAUUAAGACCCCCGAGUCCGGAGCCUACGCCCACGUCUCGACCAGCAACACCCAGCACACAUACUACACCUUUGCGCAGAUGCUCGCGCACCACUCGGCGACGGGCUGCCCGCUCCGCCCGUCCGACAUGCUGGGCAGCGGCACGCUCUCUGCGCCCAGGCCUGACGGGCUCGGCUCGCUGCUGGAGCGCAGCAAGAUGGGCCGGGAGCCGUUCGAGCUUGAUGCGAGCCGCAAGGACAUGACUUUCCUCCGGGACGGGGACAGCGUCAAGUUCUCGGCGGUCGUCAAGGCGCCUGGUGGGUGGAGUGUCGGCUUUGGCGAGUGUGAGGGGACUGUGCUGCCUGCUGUUCCUUUUGAGGGUUAGAAGUUUGUUGAAGCAUGGAUGAUAUGAUAGAG